CAUGACAUCACAAUAAUGGCGUCUUCGUCAGUGAUUCCAGCUUGGUUGAUUAAAGCAAAGUCAACCGUCACAAAAACAGAGAAAAAAGAAAUGAAAGACAUAAGUAAUUCAUUAAGUGCUUCCGCUUGCAACGGAGAAAGUGAAAGAGCAAAGGAACAAGAAAUGAAAGACACAAGCACUCCUUCGAUUGCUUCCGAUUGUAACGAAAAAAGCGAAGGAGCUAAGGAACAAGAAAUGAAAGACACUAGUGCUCCUCUAGAUGCAUUCGAUGGCGAGAAAAAAAGCGAAGGAGCAUUAGCUCCUGAUUUAUCAGUAGAACAGAGACGGAAAAACAGACGCGUGGCACGAAGGCGUCAACAGAAACGAAGGAAACUAAGACUUAAGGAAGAAAAGAACGAAAAUAAGGUGCGUAGGUUUGAAAAACUUGUCACGGAGCGGGCUUUAAAAAUGGAAGCCGAUCUUCUGGAAACUAUGGAAGCAGAGAGGAAAAACGCAGCGAAAUAUCUGUCACUUGCGCGGAAAUACUAUGGUAUGUGGAAGGCAACGAACGAAGAACUUCAACUGUUUCGUCAACAUGAGAAAGCAUCGAUCGCUGAAGGGGAUUACUCUACAUCCAAAAAGGUAAAAUUUCGUUUUCAUUUAGUCCUUAAGUCUAUUACUGUUAAACCCAAUCAGAUACACUAAUAAAGGGUAAAAUCUCCGCACAGCCCCAUACUACAUUAUGCAUUCAGUUCUUGGAUAGAGAAAACAACGACAAAAACAAUACAUUGCCCUUGGGAAAACAGAUUUGUUUAACAAUACUAUGGGGCUGUGUGGAAAUUUUACCCUAACAAAGCUCCACUUAAUACACGGAUUUAAGUACACAUGGAAUUGUGUUUGAUAUUCUAUGCAACACAGGAUAUAACAGUUGCAGUUCUAAUGUCAGCUAUUUCUAAUCAAAGUUAAUAGCCAGGAAUAUGUUUGUAUAUCAAAACUGAACAUUCUAAGAUGAUUGUAAUGCUUUACACCUUAACAUCAGCAUGCAUAUUCUCCACACUGUUUUCAAUACUAUUCAUUAGAAAUGAAGGAGAAUUUCUCUAACAAUCAACAGCUUUGUUAGCUUGCAACCACAAUGAUUGAUUCAGUGAUAAUACUCUAGGGAGAAAUUCAAAGAUAGUCACUCUUAGGAGUAAAAGAGUUAAUUCUUCAUCUCACAGAAGCAUAUCUUUACUUUGGUUAUAAUUAAUGUACUCAAGAUGUUGUACACAAGCUCGCCAGAAUAGCAGAAUUGAGAAACUGCUAACACUUUGGUUUGAUAUCAAUUAAGGUCAAUUGUUUCCUAACUAAUCCAUAAAUAUUUCUGGUGUAGAAACCUUUAUUUUGGUAUCCUUUUCUUUAGGUUUCUAUAUUAAAGGAUGAGAACUUAAAAUUUCCUUCACCUGCGGUAAGUUAAUUCAUCAUAUCUACUGAUCAUAGUAAUUGGUGAAAGGUAUGUAAAGUCUGUACUGAAAGCAAGUGGCCUAUUCAGGCAGAGCUUAUCUUGGUUUCUCCAGCAUGAAACAAAUAAUUAAUUUGUCACAUCUACUGAUCAUAGUAAUUAGUGAAAGGUGUGUAAAGUCUGUACUCAAAGCAAAGUGGUCCAUUCAGGCCAAGUUUAUCUCAGUUUCCUUAGUAUGAAGCAACUAGGACUAUUAUUACCCUCCCCUGACAGGAUACCAGUCCAGGGGGUGGUGGGGGUCCAUUUGUGAUAGAGUGUUAGUAGGUUUAUAAUGGUAAUAGGGCUGAGUGGAGUCAAAUUCAGUCUGUAAUCAUUCAAGUGAUUGACAAAGUCACAAAUAGGAUUUCAGACUGAAUUGGAUGAAAAGUGGCACUGGACAAAAAGUCCUGUUACCAGUUAAUCAAAACUAUGACAAAAUUUGACAUCAGUUAAAAGUUUACUUACUAAUAAAAACAUUGUUAACUUGGCAAAUUGCACAACAACAGCAAGUGCCCAUGAGGUGUACUACCAACCCUAAUCAACUGUGCUAUUACUGUAUGAUAACAAGCAUGACAUGCACACUGUCCUAUUAAUGCUCAAAUGAGGCUAGUGAUAACCAACCAUGUUUGAGAAUUUUGUUAUAGUUUUGACUUAUACUAAUAAAAGAUACUGUGGCCUAAAGGUGGGAUUCAAGCCAAAAUUGAGAAGUUUGGACCAUAUUUUUCUGUGUGUCUUGUGGCUAAGUGGGAAGUGGGCUGGAUUCCACUUUCAAGGUUUAGGUUCAAGGCCAGACAGGGUCACUGUCGUCUUCGACAAGACACAUAACUCCCCCAGUGCCACUCUCCACUUAGGAGUUUAAAUUGGUACAGGUGAACUGACUGAGAAAUAAGACAGCUCAUUUUUGAUGGACUGACAUCCAAAAUCACUUCUAAUUUCUUCAAACUAUAAAAACUGUCACUGCCUCUUUCUACCACAAAGUUAAGCAGGCACCAAGUGAGUAGUCUUUGGCCCAAUAACACAACAUAAUGACUCUAGUUAGUGACAGACCAUUUCUAAAGUUAGAAGCUACCAUUGUUUGAAUCCAAUUUUCUUAGUAGAUUUUAUUAACAACUUAAUUAAUAAAAAAAUAAUUUCAAGCUUUUCCCCUAUCUUACUGAAAAAUAGUCAUCUGGAAAAAAUUUAAUUUUGUUUGGUUUCAGACAUCACUGACAUUGGAUGAAAGAUUUUCUGAAUACUCAAACUCUGGUACAUUUAAACUCACUGGGGAAACCUUGAAUAUUAGCAGUGGAGUGUUACCUACACAGCAAUAG